AUGUGGGCCCCUCGAAAGCUUGCGACGGCUUUUCAGCUGUUGCUUCUUUUGUCAGAGAUUCAAGCUGCAGAUAUCGCCUGCUCAGUGGGAAACCCUUGCAAGGAGGGCUGUUGCUCAAGCGUUUCCCAGGUUUGUGGAUAUGGUCCAAGCUACUGCGGUAGCACUUGUAUCGCGGGUGCCAGUUUGGAUGGCACCUGUAAACAUUUCGCUGAGUGCAACCCCGGUAUCUAUCCGGGUUGGGGAGAGCUCUGGGCUUCCAAUUAUUCGACCUCCCAGGCUUGUCCCCUGAAUGUUUGCUGCAGUGAAUAUGGUUUCUGUGGCACCACGUCUGAUUUCUGUGGAAAUACUGAAUGGCCCUCCCCUUCAUGCUCUGGUACUUCAUCUGUUACGAAGCGAAUUGGCUACUUUGAAGCCUGGAACCUGGAUCACAGUUGCAAUAGUAGGAUUCAACCAGAUGCUUCAAAUAUCCAUAUGCUAACUAUCCCCAUUGGAGGAUACACUCACUUGUUCUUCUCCUUUCUAUACAUUGACCCAGACACUUAUGAAUUGACGCCAAUGGCAUCUAAUCAAACCGAAACUCUUUCUCGAUUUGCUGCUCUUAAAAAGUACGGCGUCGAGGUCUGGAUCUCCGUUGGUGGCUGGGCCAUGAAUGAUCCGGGGCCAUGGUCAGAUGUCUUCUCCGAACUUGCGGCAUCGGCUACAGCUCAGCAGUCAUUUAUUGACUCUCUCAUUGCCAUUCAACAGGAAUAUGGCUUUGAUGGUAUUGACAUUGAUUGGGAAUAUCCAGUUGCUCCAGAUCGAUUUGGUACACCCGAUGACUACGUUAACUUUGUAUCAUUCUUGGAAAAUGUACGUUCCGCCAUGGGAAGCUCUUAUGGGUUGGCGAUCACCCUCCCGAGCUCCUAUUGGUAUCUUCAGUACUUCGACAUUGUCAACAUCGCGAAAACAAUCGACUGGUUCAAUUUCAUGUCGUAUGAUAUAUAUGGCACCUGGGACGCUGGGAUUGAAUCCAUUGGAAGCUAUGUCUAUGCUAGCACUAACCUCACCAUGAUUGAAUUGGGGCUACAGUUGCUGUGGCACAAUGACAUCCCGGCUAGCCAAGUUAACCUUGGCCUUGGCUUUUACGGGCGCAGCUACACCCUCGAAGAUCCCUCGUGUGUGCAGCCUGGGUGUCCAUUCACGACUGGCGGAAAGCCGGGGCCAUGCUCUAAGACAGAAGGCAUACUUUCUUAUGAUGAGAUUCAAGACAUCAUAAAUGACCCAAGCCGAAACCCGACGGUGUGGCUUGACUCUGAUGCGGCUGUGAAAAUUGCUGUCUAUGAUGAAGAUCAAUGGAUUGCAUAUGAUGACGUUGAAACCCUUCAAAUAAAGCAAAACUUUGCCAAUUCAAGGUGCAUGGAAGGUGUUUUCGUAUGGGCUGUUGACCAGGACGUGUCUGGAAAUCUUGCUGAGAGUAUUUCGAACGCUACUGAUCUAUUCCCCGCUGGAGGAAGCGGAGAGCUGUAUGUCUCGCCCGACAUUUGGGAUAGUGAUUCGCCAGAACUUUCGUGCCAGGCUCCCUGUACUUUCAUCUUGCCACUACUCCCGUUACCGACUCCAACAAUUGUCACCUGGCCACCCCUCACUAUCUCCCUUCUUGUCAGCGUCGAUGGAGGGGUUUCCACCACGACAACCACAAUUCCUGUUCCUGAUUUCGAGAUAACUGCCGUCCCCUUCUGGCCAGUAACCAUUGCCAGCAAUGAAGCAACAGGUGUCAUGAGCCCCGUCCAAAGUAUUACACCACCAUCUCUCGUUCUAACUCUCCCUGGAAGCGUCACUCCGUUCCCGCCAGCGAUCGUCAACUAUACCCUCGUUGCGGAGAGCCAGUUGGCAGGUGUGACUGUCGCGCCCACGGCCACGGGAACGAUUACCUCUGCUACCAGUUCAACUUCGACAAAGUCAGCUGUGGUGACCCCAUCGCAAAUUGCAGCCAACAUGGCACAAGGCUGCACAGAGUUUUACGAAGUCCAAAGCGGUGACUCCUGCUGGAGCAUUGAAAAUAGCUUGGGUAUUGCGGCUUCGGAUUUUGAAGCUUGGAACCCUGACGUUGGUGAUAGUUGUGCCAACGGUGUCUGGCUCAACUAUUAUUAUUGUAUCAGUCAUGGCGACCCGACUGGGACCACGACGGGCACAGGAAGUCAGCCAACCUCGACAGUCACCACUGUCAUUCCGGUGUUCUACAGCACAUCGCACCCUGUCACUAUCCAACCUCAGGCUACAUAUACCACGGUCAAACCUGAGAACCCCAUUCCUCCAAUCAAUAUCGACAUCGGACCGCCGAAAGGCUCCUCCAGUAAAGGUGGUUGUGAUGGGUGUGGUGAAUUGGAUUGUGGCCUCUUUGGCUGUGACGGCAAGUGUGGACUUUUCGGAUGUGAUGGGGGCUGUGGUCAUUGGUGGUGUGGUGGAGGCUGUGGGUUGCAAUAUUGUGGACCUGGCUGUAGUACUGGUGACUGCAUCAUCACAGGUGGAGGUGGUGGCGGUGGAAGCACCGGCUCCAUUGGCCCUAAAAAAGGACAGAAUCAAGAUUGCAGCUCAAUGGAAACAGCCGAUAUCUGCACGGUGUAUGUGAAGAGUUUCUCUUCUUCGGGAAUGGCUUCUUCAUCAACUACGACUUCAACGAACUGUGCUCCCACCCAGGGAUGCUCGGUCACUGCAUCGACCACGACUACCACUAUCAGUACCACUGGAAUAUAUUCCACCAUCACUAACAGCUUCAUGCUCGGUCCCCAGCCAACGUUGGCAGACUCUGUUCUGAUGUCUAUUUCUGCCAGCAUCGUCAGCCAGCGAGAGGCCUGGGAUGCCACACGCUGGUCCGGCUACACAAUCACAAACAACCCAACAUCAGCAAAGACAUCCACUAGCAAUUCUACUACCACUAGUAGCACUUCCACCAAUACUACAACCACUUCUAGCGGGACUAAAACCACUUCCGGUACCUCAUCCAGCAGCCCGACAAUCAGAGCUAAUGAACCCCCAAGCCCCGAGUACUAUGAGUUGAACAUGUAUUCAACAUCUGAUUGCAGUGAAUAUAUCAUCGCCCAAGAAGGAAGUACCUCCGAGUACAACCUCGGUUGUUUAUCCUGGUCUGAGCCAGAGUCGGCCUCUGCAGUGUACCCACUCUUUGACGAAUCUGUUUUCUCAAUCGCUGCCUGGACAGGGAGCUCUUGUGAUUCACCGGACGAAUUAGUACAAUUGGAGUCUGGUACGUGCUAUAGCCUGCCCAUCAAAGCAGGUAAUGGUGGCUGGAAGGUCAAACUGUUAUGA